AUGUCCAUGGGAACUGUUCUUGUGGAAAAUGUGUAUGCACUUCUGAGUAUUCGGGAGCUGCUUGUGACUGCCAAAGAUCUGAAGGAACUUGCAUGGAUAAUAAUAGGGCAAACGAUCUGUUCUGACCACGGAGUGUGUGAAUGUGGGAGGUGCCGUUGUGACCAAGGAUUCAUAGGGUCGCUGUGUGACACGUGUCUUGUGAAUUAUACAGGUGUCGAAAGAUCUAUUCAGAUCAAGUCAAGAAAACAUUGCCACCAAAAACCAGUUGAUUCACUAAAAAUAGGACUAGGUAUUUCCGGGGCUAUUGUUUUAGUCGGAGUAACCCUCAUCAUCAUUUGGAAAAUACUCUCUUUGGUGUAUGACAAAGUGGAAUAUUCCAAAUUUGAGACAGAAAUAAAAGAACUAAAUUGGGAGCCUGGGAAUCCCAUUUACAAAGAUUGCACCACGACGGCACAAAAUCCAACUAGUAACUACAGCAGACUUAUAAACCCCGAAAAUCAGAACAAAUACGAGGGUAUCGGGAAAACAAAGAUUGACGUUCAUGAAUACAAGAAACUCGAAGAAUUUGAAAGAAAAGAAUCUAAUAUCCCAGAAACACAAAAUAAACGUGAUAAAAUGAAACAGACACGAGUCAGCUCUCACGAAUAUUUGGAAAUAGAAGAAGAAAUGAAGGAAGCGAAUCAUGAUACUACCGAUACUCCGGAAAAAUUGAAAAAAUAUGAUAAAAUUGAUCAAUCUCAAGCUGAUGUUCACAAAUACACAGAACUCGAUGAAGCGGAGGAAAUUGAACUUGAUAUCACCGACAAUUACGAUGAAAUCAACGAGGGACAGAUUGCGGCAGAUCAUUACAUGGAAAUUUCACAAAUUUAGGAAAGGAAACUUAACCAAUAGUUUAAUAUAUUCGAUCGGUUUUCACGUGAAAAACAUCUACUUCAACAAAUGAUGCAGUGCCAGAAACAAGCGACGCUUACUUACUUACCCUCA